AUGCCGUUCGACUCCAACUUGAUCUUUCUAGAAGAGACCUCGGUCGUGGCCCGGCCGAUCCUGUCGUACGCAGAGACCAAGAACCGCAUGGCGGCAAGGCUAAGGCAUCUCGGCAUACGAGUGAAAUCGGUGAUCGAGGAGGAGAGGUGCUUCAUCGUGAUGGGGGGCCCGCUCCCGAAGAUUCCUCAGAGCAUUAUGGUCGUCGGGGCGAACUCGGUGGUCGUGCACCCGGCGACCGGGUACACGUUGGCUCGGGCGAUGGCUGUGGCGCCGGCGGUCGCGGGGGCCAUUGUCGAGUGCCUUGGCGGCGGGUCGAUUAUUCGUGGGCCCGAGAUGUACGGGAGGGUGUGGGAGAGCUUGUGGCCGAUGGAGAAGAGGCGGGAGAGGGAGUAUCAAAACUUGGGGAUGGAGAUAAUGUUGAGGCUCGAUUUGGAAAAGACGAGGAGGUUCGUCGAAAGCUUUUUCGAGGUCGAGCCUCGCUAUUGGCAAGGGUUCUUGUCCGGCAGGCUCUCGCUGGGGGAGCUUAUCACGUUCGGCUUGUCGAGCUUUGGGAAGGCGUCCGCUCGUGGUAAGCUGGAUAUAGUGACCACGAGCCCUGUGCCCGUCGCUAAAUUCAUUCGUAAUUUGGCGCUCGGAGAUGUUUGA